AUGGGCUCCGGGGAAUUGAAGCCGUUCAAGAAGAAAGAAGGGACUGUGAUCCCCAAGAAGAGAGAGUUGGUGAAGACGAAAGCUCUCAAAUCCAUUUUCUCUUUCCUCCUCCGCCACUCUGUUAGUAAACGGAGUUCUGAGCCUUCCGGUGACGUUAACGACAAGCGCGUGUACCCCACUAUCCCCUGA